UGAAUAUGAGGAAGAGGAAAGUGGGCUGAAGCGUUACUGGAGCGCGAGGAGGCUCGCGUACCGCGUCUCGUCGAUUCUUCGUUUGCUUUUUUUUCGUCGGCUCGGCUUUUCUUUUUUAUUGUUGUGUUCGUGAGAUACCAGAACACGAGCCGUCGUUUCUCCAAAAAAACGGGGACAAAAUCCGAUAUAUUCUAAAAGCAAAAAACUAAACAAAAACUAAACGAACCAAAAAAAAAAAAAUCUGUUCACCGCCUCACCGUCCCCGCGCGCUAGCGUCGUGUCCGUUCACCGAAGAGGCUCGCGCUCGCACUACCGUGGGGCCAAAGGUCGUUACACGGUAGAUCUUAAGUAGUAGGCUCGUGUGUGGCUGUCGAGCGCGGUUUAUUACCCCCGGGGGGGUCACUCUGGAGUCCGGAUUCUGCUGCUCUGAUUUGUCUUUGACUAACGAGCUGGUCUGAGCGCGCGCUGGGCGUCGCUUAAAAAAAAAAAAAAAAAAAGCAAGUGGGAUUUUGCUAAUUACCAGUAAAACUGCCCCCGGCUGCAGUGGUCUAGCAGCAGCAGGCGGCUCGGUGACGGGAAGGCUUGCAGGUUUGUUGAGGAGCUAAAGCAGCAGUGAUGGCCGGAGUGAACAGCGUCGAGGCGGUGAAGCGCAAGAUUAAAGUCCUGCAGCAGCAGGCAGACGAGGCGGAGGAGCGCGCGGAGGUCCUGCAGAGGCAGGUGGAAGAGGAGAAGCGCGCGAGGGAGCAGGCGGAGGCGGAGGUGGCCUCUCUGAACAGGCGUAUCCAGCUCAUCGAGGAGGAGCUGGACCGGGCCCAGGAGAGACUGGCCACAGCACUGCAGAAGCUGGAGGAGGCAGAGAAGGCCGCAGACGAGAGCGAGAGAGGUAUGAAGGUGAUCGAGAACAGGGCCCUGAAGGAUGAGGAGAAGAUGGAGCUACAGGAGGUCCAGCUGAAGGAGGCCAAGCACAUCGCUGAGGAGGCUGACCGCAAGUACGAGGAGGUGGCUCGUAAGCUCGUCAUCAUCGAGGGAGAUCUGGAGCGCGCAGAGGAGAGAGCCGAACUUGCUGAAGCCAAAUGUGCGGAAUUGGAAGAGGAGCUGAGGAAUGUGACCAAUUCCUUAAAGUCCCUGGAGGCCCAGGCUGAGAAGUACUCCCAGAAGGAGGACAAGUACGAGGAGGAGAUCAAGAUCCUGACGGACAAGCUGAAGGAGGCAGAGACCCGUGCUGAGUUUGCCGAGAGGACCGUGACCAAGCUGGAGAAGAGCAUCGAUCAUUUGGAAGAGAGGCUCGCCGCGGCCAAAGAAGAAAACGUGAAGAUCACGGCCACGCUGGACGCCACUCUGCAGGAUCUCAACAACUUCUGAAGGCCUCACACGACCGCCAACCCCCCCUCCCCCCCCCAAAAAAAAACGGGGAAGAAAAUUACCCAUCUGUACACCCCCUCUUCUUUUUUUGCUGGGUGGCUGAUCUUGGCUCAUCAUGGGCAGGUUGUAUUUUUGUAGUGUUGGCACUUGGCUCAGUUCCUUAACCAGCUACUGCUCUGAUUUUGAAGGGUGUGUCACCCCUCCCCCCCACACUUUGUCUUCCCUCUAGCUUUUUGUGUAGGCUUCGCCCCCUUUUCAUUAAAUAGGGUUGCAUCUGUUGAAGCAACAGUCGGUCAUGUCUUGAGCUUUCAUGUGUGUUGAAAUACAUUCCUUAUUUGAUUCAUUUCCGCAGUUGCGUGUGAUUUUAGGUGACAUGGUAGGACCGCUCACAUCUCUGAUCACCGGUGUGCUGGGUUUGGUCUAUUGUUGGGUUUCUAGUUUCAUAGUGCAAUAUUAAUGCAACAGAGUUGGAAAAGUCACUCUGCAAAACUCACCCCAGCCUUUUUGUUUUUUUGCUGUGCAUCUUCUGUGCCAGUGCCAUGUGGGACCAUUUAAAUUGCUUGGCCAUACAUUUUUACUUUAGUAAAGGGUUGAUGUGAGUUUCAUGUGUGUUUAAUGCUCUCAGAUUUUCUUUCCUUUUUAGUUUUGUCUUGUUUAUUGCAGAAAGAGCCACAAAAACUACUGGACCAACUCUUUAGAAACGGUUUUCAUGGAACAUUUCCAUUUCUUUCCCACCAAGGAUUUCGGGUUUAGGCUCAGAGCAACACCAAGGGAUCAAAAAUUGAGCUUGGCCUGACAUUAUAUAUAAAAAAAACCAACAAAAAAAAAAGUUGAAUCAUGUUCACUUUUUCAGCCUUUGGCCUUCUUCAGGUGAAGGUGCUUUUUCCACUCCCCUCCAAAGGUGACGAAAGGGGUUGUAAAGAUUGGGAGAGAGGCGGGGCUUUACAUUCCACUGCCAAAAAGGGAGAGUAACGGGCCAAUAGGGAGGGAGAGUGGGGCUGAACGAGCCUUAGGUGUCAUCUGAGCGUCUCGUAGGUUAUUCUCUGCAACGAAUACCCUGAAACCAAUAGAGUUAAAUAAGCCAAGAACCUUUUUAACUGGAACAUUAAUUGUGACGUUAAAGAUGUAAACAUUUUGCUAUCAAGUUUCAUUGUAAUAAUGACACAAUCAAUUCUUUUUUUUUUAAAUAAAGUACCAUAAUACCAA